AUGACGAUGUUAUCAUUGAUCUAUCUCAAAAGAGGGUAGCAGAGAAAGGGAUAGGGAGGGAAAGAAAGAAAGAAAGAAAGACCGUAAUGAACUGGCCUCAGAUGCUUUCACGCUUUCAUUCCUACUCCCUUCUUUCUAUGAUGCUGCAUACAUUAGUUAACCUCUCCUUGCCUUUCACAGAUCUUCUUUACUGUCCAGCCACUGGUCUCCUCCCACUGGGCACACACUGGUUGAAUCAAUGUUGUUUCCACGUCAUUUCAACGGAAUUACGUUGAACCAACGUGGAAUAGACAUUGAAUUGACGUCUGUGUCCAGUGGGUUCUGCCUUCCAUCAUGGAUAGUACAGAGUGUUCUGCCUUCCAUCAUGGAGAGUACAGAGUGUUAGAGUGGGCUUGUGUGCUCCAUCUUCUCUACUGUCCGUCCACUGGUCUCCUCUGCCAUCCAUCAUGGAUAGUACAGAGUGUAUUCCCUUACUGCCUAAUUCACUGCAUUAGGGACUCACAGACGGAGAUCAAUAGGUGCUUUGUUUGUUAAUGCUUCCGCCUGCUCCCUUCCUCCUCUCUCCCCUCCCCCACCGAUUGUGAACGUUUGCCUCGUUGAACGGCCAGGCAGAAAACCCAUCCCUUUCAACUCACUCACUCACCUCAUCCCUCCUCUGUCCUCCUUUUUCAACUUACUUCCCAUGCAGCUCUCCAUCUCCAUCCUUCAUUUUCCUGGUAGGAUGAGAAGAAGUAGGGGAUGAGGGAGAUCAGGGUGAAUGGGACAUUAUCAUCACAUUGCUUCUCUCACCCUUAACCUCGCUCUCUUGCUCUCUCCCUUGCUUUUUUUGUACACACUCUACCUUCACUUCACCUUCUGUGUUUUCACCUUACUUGUCGGUUUCUUACACUUUUCCUCUCUCCCCUGACCGUAUGUCUGCACUGUGUGUAUCUUCUCUCUUUCGCUCCUGUCUCCCCCCUGACCACAUGCCAUGUCCAUGCCCUCUCUCUCUCUCUCUCUCUCUCUCUCUCUCGCUCAUCCUCUCUCUCACCUGUCUUUUGGAUUCUCUCUCUCUCUCUCUUACCUGUCUUCUUCCCUCUCUCUCUCAGAGAACGCUCGCGCCCGGCGGAAGAGCAUAGCCAACGUGAAGCAGCCAAGCAUGGAGAUCCCUCCCACUGCCCCCCCCCAACCCUUCCGACAAUCCGUGAGUACCCCUCCAUCCUCCCGCCCUCGCUCGCUCCCCCCAUCCCUCUCUCUCUCCCUCCCUUCUCACUCCCCACCGCACACCUGUCGCAGGGCCAGUGGAACCCCUCCCUUCCCCUUCUCCCUCCCCCUCGCCCUCUCACCCUCUCUCUCCCCCUCCCUCCCCCAUGGCCACUCCUGCCCUCAGCAACGCUACAAGAAAGGGGUCGGUACACCCCCUCUCCCUCGCUCGCUGCCCCUCUCCCCCUGCCUCUCUCUUAGUCUCCCCCACUCCCCCCCUUCUUCUAAUUGGCCGGGGGACUGGAGGGUUGCCGCUUCCAGCCCAGUGACGGGACGCCAUAUUGCACCUCUGCCUCCCAUCGAGGUACAUGACUCAGAUGUCUCUGUAUGUGGUGAAAAAAAAUAACUAAACUUUAUGUUAUGUCCUUUGCCAAAUGCUAUGGAGUUUUCUGUUCCCUGUGCCAAAUGUGAUCCACCACUGUGAUUCAGUUCUUCUGACUGAAUGAGGCUUAAAAGUGUCAGACAGGCCGGCUAAUCAAGCCAGAAUGACUUAUCUAGUCCAACCAGUCGGUUACCGUGACGGUCAGCAAAUGAGUCAAAUCUUUAGUCACUUCUUUAAAACAGACUUCAGUGACACAAAGCUCACAAAAAGUGAAUGGUUUGUCUCGAUUCAGACAAAUUCCUCCCAGAAUGUAGUGUUCAAUGUUGAUGUGCAAUGUGCAGUUUGAUAUCUGAGUGGAUGUUAGACAUGGAGAGAAGCUGAAUUUAGGUGAUUCAGUAUUGUAAGACUGUCAAAAAAGCAUUGUGAGGCUGUUAUUCAGAUACAAUAGCAGCAUGUCUCUCCUUUCACUCUGAGAGGAAUAGGCUGUAUAGUAGUCGUAUAUGGAACCCUAUACUGUAUGUUGCGGAGAAUGACAUCAUUCAUUGGUUUUCAUUCUACUAUUGAAGCCAUGUUCUCUCUGUCAGCACUUCUUAUAAAAGACACAGUGUCAACACACAGCAUGUUAUUUAAAACCUGUGUUAUAUAUUGACAAAAUCAGCUAAUCAAAAUCAGGGGAAUAUGGUUGCAUGGAAGCACAUACAGGACAACUGCACCGCAAUAUGAAGCUCCUAUUUUUACUGAGGUCCAGUGUAUGCUGUUGGAUUAUGGGUAUAUUUAUGGCACAACACCACCCACUAUUGGUUAUCAGAUGAUACUACACUAUUCUACUACUGCUGAACUGUGGCUGUAUGACUGAUAUAAUAUGUAAUAAAUCUUUGUUGCUCUCCCCCUUCAUGCAUCUGUCAUUCACUAAAUCACAUACGUCCUCCAUUUCUUCAAAUCCAUUUUGGGCCCAAAAUGUCCAUCUUUCUUUACUCACACCCACCCUAUUUUCCCUCUCUAUAACUUUGAUCUAUCUCUUUUCCUGCUACCCUCCCUCUCUCUCUCUCCCCCUCUCUCAUCCCUGUUUCACAUCUUCUCAUUCUUCACCUCCUCCUCCCUCUCUCCAUUGCUGCCCUGUUCAGAGUUUCCUCAGUAGAAGGUUGAAGGGCUCUAUCAAGAGGGCUAAGAGUCAGCCCAAACUGGACCGCACCAGCAGCUUCCGCCACAUGAUCCUCCCCCGCUUCCGUAGUGCCGACCAGGACAGGUACGAGUCUCUGUGUGUGUCUAUGUGUGUGUCUGUGAGUGUGUGCAUGUGUUCCCUGCUCUCUUUUAUCCAAAGCGACUUACAGUCAUGCGUGCAUACAUUUUUUUGUGUAUGGGUGGUCCCGGGGAUCAAACCCACUACCCUGGCGUUACAAGCGCCGUGCUCUACCAGCUGAGCUACAGAGGACCACAUUUAAGUAAGUGUGUGUGUGUACACUCCAACCUGUGUGUCCACAUGUAUGUGGGACUCUUAAAGGUGCUUUCUUGUGUCUAUUUUGGAUACCUUUCAAGGACAAUCUGGUAUGUACUGUGCUUUUACUAUUCCUCCUAGCUUUAAUGAAACCAGUAAGCCUUGACAGUAAGUGUUUGUUUCAUAACCGCCCCUUUCGGUGCAGCUGCACUCCCAUUUUACAUACUACAUUUUUUAUGACUGCUUAAUACAUGGAGAAUACCAAUGGAAGAUUUAAUAAAAAGUCCUGACCUCUCCAUGGCAACCAUCAGACAGCCGUAUGGCCACAGAACGGACAUACCUUACAUGAACAUGUGUGGGUAAAAAAACUUGAAUUAUACCUACAGUGGGGAAAAAAAGUAUUUAGUCAGCCACCAAUUGUGCAAGUUCUCCCACUUAAAAAGAUGAGAGAUGCCUGUAAUUUUCAUCAUAGGUACACGUCAACUAUGACAGACAAAUUGAGGGAAAAAAAUCCAGAAAAUCACAUCGUAGGAUUUUUAAUGAAUUUAUUUGCAAAUUAUGGUGGAAAAUAAGUAUUUGGUCACCUACAAACAAGCAAGAUUUCUGGCUCUCACAGACCUGUAACUUCUUCUUUAAGAGGCUCCUCUGUCCUCCACUCGUUACCUGUAUUAAUGGCACCUGUUUGAACUUGUUAUCAGUAUAAAAGACACCUGUCCACAACCUCAAACAGUCACACUCCAAACUCCACUAUGGCCAAGACCAAAGAGCUGUCAAAGGACACCAGAAACAAAAUUGUAGACCUGCACCAGGCUGGGAAGACUGAAUCUGCAAUAGGUAAGCAGCUUGGUUUGAAGAAAUCAACUGUGGGAGCAAUUAUUAGGAAAUGGAAGACAUACAAGACCACUGAUAAUCUCCCUCGAUCUGGGGCUCCACGCAAGAUCUCACCCCGUGGGGUCAAAAUUAUCACAAGAACGGUGAGCAAAAAUCCCAGAACCACACGGGGGAACCUAGUGAAUGACCUGCAGAGAGCUGGGACCAAAGUAACAAAGCCUACCAUUAGUAACACACUACGCCGCCAGGGACUUAAAUCCUGCAGUGCCAGACGUGUCCCCUUGCUUAAGCCAGUACAUGUCCAGGCCCGUCUGAAGUUUGCUAGAGUGCAUUUGGAUGAUCCAGAAGAGGAUUGGGAGAAUGUCAUAUGGUCAGAUGAAACCAAAAUAGAACUUUUUGGUAAAAACUCAACUCGUCGUGUUUGGAGGACAAAGAAUGCUGAGUUGCAUCCAAAGAACACCAUACCUACUGUGAAGCAUGGGGGUGGAAACAUCAUGUUUUGGGGCUGUUUUUCUGCAAAGGGACCAGGACGACUGAUCCGUGUAAAGGAAAGAAUGAAUGGGGCCAUGUAUCGUGAGAUUUUGAGUGAAAACCUCCUUCCAUCAGCAAGGGCAUUGAAGAUGAAACGUGGCUGGGUCUUUCAGCAUGACAAUGAUCCCAAACACACCGCCCGGGCAACGAAGGAGUGGCUUCGUAAGAAGCAUUUCAAGGUCCUGGAGUGGCCUAGCCAGUCUCCAGAUCUCAACCCCAUAGAAAAUCUUUGGAGGGAGUUGAAAGUCCGUGUUGCCCAGCGACAGCCUCAAAACAUCACUGCUCUAGAGGAGAUCUGCAUGGAGGAAUGGGCCAAAAUACCAGAAACAGUGUGUGAAAACCUUGUGAAGACUUACAGAAAACGUUUGACCUGUGUCAUUGCCAACAAAGGGUAUAUAACAAAGUAUUGAGAAACUUUUGUUAUUAACCAAAUACUUAUUUUCCACCAUCAUUUGCAAAUAAAUUCAUUAAAAAUCCUACAAUGUGAUUUUCUGGAUUAUUUUUUCUCAUUUUGCCUGUCAUAGUUGACGUGUACCUAUGAUGAAAAUUACAGGCCUCUCUCAUCUUUUUAAGUGGGAGAACUUGCACAAUUGGUGGCUGACUAAAUACUUUUUUUCCCCACUGUAUACACUGGCUAUAUUAUUUAAUGAUGCUAAUAGGGGUAGUCUUCUCUGCAGGGAUACAUACUGCAGGACCCAUGCAUUCUCCAUGACUGUAUCAUGGAGACAUUUCCCAUUCUUGUAUUUACAGAAUACAAGAAUACUCUGCCCUCCCUAAAUCCUGGCAUUGAAUGGUUCAGCAGACUUUUAGCCCUCCAUAACUGGCUACAAAACUAUUGCAGCUCUGUGCGUGUAACAUUUAUCGUCAAUUUUGAUACCUUCUGGAAACAAAUAUUGUCUUAUAAGGAGGAUGGGAUCCACCCAAAUCAUUUGGGUUCCUGGAUCCUUUCACAGCAUUAUAAGGCUGCAUUGAGACAAUGACUUAUCAAUGACCCAAGUCCAGCUCAUUUAAUCCCUACCAUUGUGUCGCUGAGUUGUCAUAAUGAUUCAGCAAAUGUACAUUAUCCUAGGGGUAUUGGAAGACACAAUGUAAAUAACCUAAUUUAUGUCCCUCUUACUACCCAGAAUGUCUCUACUGAUACUACAACUAUUGUAUGCAGUAAUCAUAUGCCUAUGAACCAGAGUAAUACUGUUAGCACUGAGGUGGUGUGCCGUAGUAGGACGUCCACUGUGUGCAGCUCAUCCUGCACUAAUAAAAAUAACCUGAGUAUGUCUACCUCUGCUAAGCUUCCCAGUAAAGCAAGAAAAAUAAUCAAGCAUCCCAGAAAAGUGUUAAAAAUAGCCCACGUUAACAUAUGUAGCUUAAGAAACAAGGUUCAUGAAAUCAAUAAUUUGCUAGUAACAGAUGAUAUUUUCACAAUCUCUGAAACUCACUUAGAUAAUACCUUUGAUGAUACAGUGGUAGCAAUACAAGGUUAUAACAUUUACAGAAAAUACAGAAAUGCCAAUGGGGGCGGUGUUGCGGUCUAUAUUCAGAACCACAUUCCUGUAAAGCUUAGAGAGGAUAUCAUGUUAAAUACUGUUGAAGUAAUAUGGCUACAGGUUCACCUGCCUCACCUAAAGCCCAUUCUGGUAGGAAGCUGCUAUAGACCACCAAGUGCUAACAGUCCGUAUCUGGAUAACAUGUGUGAAAUGCUUGAUAAUAUACAGUGGGGAGAAAAAGUAUUUAGUCAGCCACCAAUUGUGCAAGUUCUCCCACUUAAAAAGAUGAGAGAGGCCUGUAAUUUUCAUCAUAGCUACACGUAAACUAUGAUAGACAAAUUGAGAGAAAAGAAAAUCUAGAAAAUCACAUUGUAGGAUUUUUAAUGAAUUUAUUUGCAAAUUAUGGUGAAAAAUAAGUAUUUUUUUAACAAAUAAAAUGCUAUUUCACAGUAAACAAAUUGACAACAGACUUUCAGGACGCUUAUAGGGAAGGACAUUCAACAAGCACUUACACAAACGACUGAUGUCGACUGAAAUUAAUGAUAAAAAGAUGGUGAGGGCUGUUUUGUUAGACUUCAGUGCGGAUUUUGACAUUAUCAAUCAUAGUCUGUUGCUGGAUAAAUGUAUGUGUUUUAGCUUUACACCCCCUGCUAUAUUGUGGAUAAAGAGUUACCUGUCUAUCAUAACACAGAGGGUGUUAUUUAAUGGAAGCCUCUCCAACAAAAUCCAGGUAGAAUCAGGAAUUCCCCAGGGCAGCUAUCUAGGCCCCUUACUUUUUAGGGUUAAGUGCCUUGCUCAAGGGCACAUCGACAGAUUUUUCACCUAGUCGGCUCAGGGAUUAGAACCAGCGACCUUUCGGUUACUGGCACAACGCUCUCAACCACUAAUCAAACUGUCCACUUAGGAAGCAACACUGAUUGACAAUAUAUUUCACAUGCUGUUGUGCAAAUGGAAUAGACAACAGGUGGAAAUUAUAGGCAAUUAGCAAGACACCCCCAAUAAAGGACUGGUUUUGCAGGUGGUGACCAUAGACCACUUCUCAGUUCCUAUGCUUCCUGGCUGAUGUUUUGGUCACUUUUGAAUGCUGGCGGUGCUUUCACUCUAGUGGUAGCAUGAGACGGAGUCUACAACCCACACAAGUGGCUCAGGUAGUGCAGCUCAUCCAGGAUGGCACAUCAAUGCGAGCUGUGGCAAGAAGGUUUGCUGUGUCUGUCAGCGUAAUGUCCAGAGCAUGGAGGCGCUACCAGGAGACAGGCCAGUACAUCAGGAGACGUGGAGGAGGCCGUAGGAGGGCAACAACCCAGCAGCAGGAAUGCUACCUCCGCCUUUUUGCAAGGAGGAGCAGGAGGAGCACUGCCAGAGCCCUGCAAAAUGACCUCCAGCAGGCCACAAAUGUGCAUGUGUCUGCUCAAACGGUCAGAAACAGACUACAUUAGGGUGGUAUGAGGGCCCGACGUCCACAGGUGUGGGUUGUGCUUACAGCCCAACACCGUGCAGGACGUUUGGCAUUUGCCAGAGAACACCAAGAUUGGCAAAUUCGCCACUGGCGCCCUGUGCUCUUCACAGAUGAAAGCAGGUUCACACUGAACACAUGUGACAGACGUGACAGAGUCUGGAGACGCCGUGGAGAACGUUCUGCUGCCUGCAACAUCCUCCAGCAUGACCGGUUUGGUGGUGGGUCAGUCAUGGUGUGGGGUGGCAUUUCUUUGGGGGGCCGCACAGCCCUCCAUGUGCUCGCCAGAGGUAGCCUGACUGCCAUUAGGUACCGAGAUGAGAUCCUCAGACCCCUUGUGAGACCAUAUGCUGGUGCGGUUGGCCCUGGGUUCCUCCUAAUGCAAGACAAUGCUAGACCUCAUGUGGCUGGAGUGUGUCAGCAGUUCCUGCAAGAGGAAGGCAUUGAUGCUAUGGACUGGCCCGUCCAUUCCCCAGACCUGAAUCCAAUUGAGCACAUCUGGGACAUCAUGUCUCGCUCCAUCCACCAACGCCAUGUUGCACCACAGACUGUCCAGGAGUUGGCGGAUGCUUUAGUCCAGGUCUGGGAUGAGAUCCCUCAGGAGACCAUCCACCACCUCAUCAGGAGCAUGCCCAGGCGUUGUAGGGAGGUCAUACAGGCACGUGGAGGCCACACACACUACUGAGCCUCACUUUGACUUGUUUUAAGGACAUUACAUCAAAGUUGGAUCAGCCUGUAGUGUCCAAAUCCAGACCUCCGUGGGUUGAUAAAUUUGAUUUCCAUUGAUAAUUUUUGUGUGAUUUUGUUGUCAGCACAUUCAACUAUGUAAAGAAAAAAGUAUUUAAUAAGAUUAUUUAAUUCAUUCAGAUCUAGGAUGUGUUAUUUUAGUGUUCCCUUUAUUUUUUUGAGCAGUGUAUUUAAAAAACUAAAAGCAUUGUAUUUGGGACAAAUCAUUUACUAAACCCUAAACCUCAACUAAAUCUUGCAAUGAGUAAUGUGGAAAAUGAGCAAGUUGAGGAUACUAAAUUGCUUGGAGUAACUCUGGAUUGUAAACUCUCAUGGUCAAAACCUAUUGAUACAACAGUAGCUAGGAUGGGGAGAAGUCUUUCUAUAAUAAAGCGCUGCUCUGCAUUCUUAACAGCACUAUCAACAAGGCAGGUCCUAUAGGCCCUAGUUUUGUCGCACCUGGACGACUGUUCAGUCGUGUAGUCAGGUGCCACAAAGAGGCACUUAGGAAAAUUGCAGUUGGCUCAGAACAGGGAAGCACAGCUGGCCCUUGGAUGUACACAGAGAGCUAACAUUAAUAACAUGCAUGUCAAUCUCUCCUGGCUCAAAGCGGAGGAGAGAUUGACUUCAUCACUACUUGUAUUAUUGAGCGGUAUUGACAUGUUGAAUGAACCAAGCUGUCUGUUUGAACUACUGGCACACAGCUCGGACAUCCAUGCAUACCCUACAAGACAUGCCACCAGAGGUCUCUUCAUACUCUCCAAGUCAAGAACAGACUAUGGGAGGCACACAGUACUACAUAGAGCCAUGACUACAUGGAACUCUAUUCCACAUCAAGUAACUCAUGCCAGCAGUAAAAUUAGAUUUAAAAAACAGAUAAAAAUACACUUUAUUGAACAGCGGGAACUGUGAAGCAACACAAACAUAGACACAUGCAUACAAACACAUGAUAACAUACGCACUAUACACACAUGUACACAUGGAUUUUGUGUUGUGGAUAUGUGGUAGUAGAGUAGAGACCUGAGGGCACACACUUAAUAUGUUGUGAAAUCUGUUAUGAAUGUAAUGUUUUUAAAAUGUAUAACUGCCUUAAUUUUGCUGGACCCCAGGAAGAGUAAUGGGGAUCCAUAAUAAAUACAAAUACAAAAUACAGCAGUUUGACUAUAGAUCCAACUCCUAUCUAAUGGUCGUCAGACCUGGUUAAAAUGUACCUGAUUUAGAUAAGAGUUUGCAGUCUGGGGACUAAUCCAUUGCUUUUUAUCUGCACAGGCUUUUUACUGUAUGUGCAUGGAAGCAAGUUUUGAAGCAUAGAAAGGAUAAAUAGAAAACAUCUGAAUAAAUUUAAAACAACAUAUGGAUUUUAUGCAAAUCUGUCAGCAUGAUAGUGCCAGUAGCUAGCUAAAUAAACAAUGGCAAAUCAGUGACAUGACAUUGGUGCUAUAGCUACUCCAAGUUGACCUGUGUAGAAGAGGUCAUUUGGAUCUUGAAAGGGCUUAAGUGCGGUCGAGGAGCUGUUCUUUUCAUGAUUUAUUCAUUGAAGAGAUCCGGACAUAUUUCAUCCAUGGAUGGUUAAGUCUGAGGAUACACAGAAAGACAAGUCAAGCAGCUUCUGAAGUCCGUCAUGUUUCGCCAGGGAGAUGGUCUUCAAAGCAUCAAUGACUGAUUUCCUUUUCAAAGGCCUUAGUUCAAACACAGUUGGCUUUUGGUAGUCUCCUGGCUUACUGUAGGUAAUGGAGAUGUGUGGUUUGUUUUGGUCAUUUGCUGGUAUUUAGCCCCCUAUAUGAAUACAUUAGGGUGACUUUCUACAUAUUUUGUGUCGUUAUGUUGGAUAAGUUGCUUGAGGUGUAGUUGCUGGGGCAGUUUUCCCUUUUUAGAUACUUUCUGUUGUUUUUGAAACACCUGCCUGCAUCUUGGGUAUGAAGAGUGUUGGUAGAAAGUGCGUUUUGGGGGAUGGACUUUUUUCCAGUGUGGCUUAGCUGUGUUGUACCAACAGUUUACAUAACAACUUGAUUUCCUCUGAGAGGUUUUCUCUCCCACCGUAUUCCCCCUCUCCUUCUCUCUCCCUCUGUCUCUCUCACACUCUCGCCCUCCCUUUCUCGACCUCCCCCACUGUCCUUUAUUUCUCUCAUUCUGACUCAUUUCUUUGGGUCUAUUUUUAUCUCUCCCUCCACAUCUCUCUCCUAUCUUUCUCUCUCUCUCUCCCUCUCCCUCUCUUUCCCACUCCACUGUAAGUAUUCAAUGUUCUGAUGCACAUUAUGAGUGAAUGUACACAAAAACUGUGGCACAGGGAGAACGCGAGAGAGCUGGACGCAUCAGGGACAUCAUAGUAGGGAGACUGUUUCUUUUUUUUUCUCAGAUUUUUCUGUGUUGUGGUCUGUGUUGUGGUCUCUGUUGUGGUCUCUGUUGUGGUCUCUGACAUUCCCUUUGUGUCAUUCUGUAUCUGUCUCUUCAGUUCAGUGGUAUUGUGGCAUAAUCGGUGUGUGUGUUUGUGUUCGUCUGUGUAUAUGUAUAAGUGAAUGUGGGCGGGUAUGGCGGGCAAGCGUCAGAGAACAAUUUUAUCCAUGUGUUACUUUGUGCCUUAUGCAUGUAUGGCUGUCAAUAGAAACAUAGCUUUGUUGUCCAAGAAAUAUCAUGAUAACACUAUUGUUAUUAUGCUGAAAUCUAAUGUAAUCCAGUGAAACUCUAAUUGAAUGCUAAUGUGUUGACUUCUUUAGAUGACAAUUAGACCCAUAGUGAGACUAGCAGCACAUUGUUUUUUGAUGUGACCUCUUUUCAAGCUCACAGAACACAGAAUUUAUGAGUACAGACGGAAUGCUUUGGCAUGAAAAGCAGAAUGGUUGCGUGCUGUUUCUCAACUUUUCAGAAUAAGAUAUGCUCAAGUGUAGCUUAGAAAAACUCCACGGUUAGAUUUGUUAGUGAGAUUGUAGGGAGCUAUAAACAGUGGGUAGUCCCUUUAGUUGAAGAAGUGUAUACCGACAUUCAAAUGGAAAAUAUUGACAGUGGUUGCAUUUUUUGGGGGCCAUAUGGUACCAGUUGCCUUGUUGACUUAAUCAACCCCCUAAUCAAAUCAAAUCAAAUUGUAUUUAUCACAUGCUUUGUAAACAACAGGUAUAGACUAACAGUGAAAUGCUGACUUACGGGCCCUUCCCAAAAAAUGCAGAGAGAAAAAAAAUGAUAAAUAAUAGAAACAUACACAAUGAGUAACAAUAACUUGGCUAUAUACACGGGGUACCAGUACUGAGUCAAUGUGCAGGACUAUGAUGUAGAUAUGUACAUAUACAGUAGGUAGGGAUAAAGUGACUAGGUAACAGGAUAGAUAAUAAACAGUAACAGCAGCAUAUGUGAUGAGUCAAAGAGAUGCAAAAAAGGGUCAAUGCAGAUAGUUAAAUAGUUAACCAAUAGCUACACGGACUAACUAUUUAGCAGUCUUAUGGCAUGGGGGUAGAAGCUGUUUAGGGUCCUGUUGGUUCCAGACUUGGUGCAUCGGUACCGCUUUGCCGUGCGAUAGCAGAGAGAACCGUCCAUGACUUGGGUGGCUGGAGUCUUUGACAAUUUUUAGGGCCUUCCUCUGACACCCCCUGGUAUAGAGGUCCUGGAUGGCAGGGAGCUCGGCCCCAGUGAUGUACUGGGCCGUACGCACUACCCUCCGUAGCGCCUUGUGGUCAGAUGCCAAGCAGUUGCCAUAGCAAGCGGUGAUGCAGCCAGUCAAGAUGAUCUCAAUGGCACAGCUGUAUAAUAUUUUGAGGAUCUGAGUGCCCAUGCCAAAUCUUUUCAGCCUCCUGAGGGGGAAGAGGCAUUGUCUUGCCCUCUUCAUGACUGUGUUGGUGUGUGUGGACCAUGAUAAUUCCUUAGUGAUGUGGACACCGAGGAACUUGAAGCUGUCAACCUGCUCCACUACAGCACCGUCGAUGUAGAUGGAGAAGUGCUCGGCCCUCCUUAUCUAUAGUCUACGAUGGUAGGAUAGUCUCGAACGGACCUCAUCCAGUUUAUUCUCCAGUGAUUUAUCCACUCUCCGACGUAGUCUCGUCAGGUAUCCUGCACGCCGGCCUCUAAAGCGGCAUCUCCUCCUUCUUCGAGCGUCGGGGAUUUGGGCCUGGUCUGGGAUAAUCAAUAUGUCUUUCGCCUCCGACUCAUUGAAGUCCUCGUCCAAAAUCGAAGUUGGUGAUAGCUGUUUUGAUGUCCAGAAGCUCUUUUCGGUCAUAGGAAACGAUAGAGGAAACAUUAUGUACCAACAAAUUUAAGAUCAGCUCCAAUAUUUUUUUACAAUUGGUCAGGAGCCCGUAAAACAGCCGCUAUUCCCUCCAUCGCCAUUCUUUCAACAUCACGACCUGCUUAGUAUUGGUAAUGUUUUUUCUACCUCAAAUGUGGUUUAAUGUACAGUAUGAUCGUUAGGGAACAUAAAUAAGUGGUCUAAGAUAGCUGUUGAAUGAGCACAUGAGAAUACGGACGCAAAUAAUGAUAUCAGACUAUAAUCCCCCAUCGCAGGAAUCCGUCUCGCAAAGUUAUCACAAAUACAUCCUGAUUUGAUUCAGUAAGUAUAGUAAGUAUAUUACAUAUGUAUAUUCAUAUUAUAAAGUAUAUUAUAUGUAGCUGUUUGGCUGUGGGAGAGUUACCCUUUAUAACCACAGUUCAGAAUGCUGUGUACUGUAUCCUUGAUGCUGUGUAAUGUAAUGUAUAGGACUCACUCUGCUCCUCUCACUGUGUCUCUGCUCCCCACCCAGAACGCGCCUGAUGCAGAGCUUCAAAGAGUCCCACUCCCAUGAGUCCUUGCUGUCUCCCAGCAGCGCGGCCGAGGCGCUGGACCUCACCCUGGACGAGGACGCCAUCAUCAAGCCUGUCCACUCCAGCAUCCUGGGACAGGAGUACUGCUUCGAGGUGAGGCUGACACGACACACACACACAAUGAAACACAGAUAGCGCUACUAAUUAAACCUGGGUUCAAAUACUAUUUGAAAUCAUUUCAAAUAAUUUUGCUGUGCUUGAUUGAGCUUGCCUGUUGCAAUGGAACCAAUAGAAUAAGAGAAAGUUAAAAUCCCACCCAUCUGCCACUCCAGGCAGGCUAAAGCAAACACUAAAAGUAUCUGAAAGAUUUCAAAUAGAAUUUGAACCCAGGUCUGUCUACUAUUGUUACUAAUACUACUAAUGUUGGGUAGAAGUCUCUCCAUUGGCAUCAACAUAAGGAUUUAUUGAAUAAGGCUGUGAUUUUAAAAUCUUGUUAUCUGUGGAAAAGAUAUCAAAGAGAAAGCCAACAAGCAGCUCGAAAUGAGCUCAUGUCCCAAGUUGAUUUGUCACAGAAAUUUGUUGUGAAAACGGCUUUCACUGCAUGGUUCACUUUCCCAUAGCCGACGUGUACAUGACACAAGUCUCUAUGAUUAAAGGACGUUGUUAUGCCACUUGUCAUCUUCUCCCAAGUUGCUAAUGGUUGUGGCUGUUGAUGUUACCGUUGGUAACCUCAGGUGACUACGGCUUCGGGAACCAAGUGCUUUGCAUGUCGCUCGGGUGCAGAGAGAGACAAAUGGAUCGAGAAUCUUCAGAGAGCUGUCAAACCCAACAAGGUGGGGAAACAAGGACGAGAAAUUAAGUUACUUCUCUGUCUGUCAGUGCUUCUCUCCUUCUCCCCUGUCUUCAAUAUGUCUGUUUCAAUAUGAGCAUUUCCUCAUUUUGUGUACUGUAACCUCCAUUUGCUCUCUGUUUGUCUAUAUCUGUAAUGUACAUUCAAAUACAGUACAUAUUAAAACACAGCACUUCUACACUCUAUCAUCCGAGUAAAAUAAAGAACUAAGAAGAAGCAAACUCAGCACUUUAGAUGCGGUUGAUUAAAACAGAUCUUCUAAUUUCAGCUCAGCUUGAUCUCCUAGGUCUGCGUAAUAGGCCCUUCCCCCCCCCCCCUCUCUCUUAUCAAAAAGGGGAAACAUGCGCGAGACAGAUAACUGCUCUUGAUGGCAGCUAGGGAGCUGCAGUAUUAAGGCAAACGGAGAGGAAACAUCAGCCUGAGUGGAUUGACUCAUCCAGAUGCUGUGACUGCAGGGUUCCUGGCUGAAUCACGGGGCUCCAAGGACUUAACACGGGGGCUCCGAAAUAUCCUCAGCACCGUCAUGAAUCUCCAACCAGAUACAUGAUGAGAGAGAAAAGACGAGGUGCGAUGUCGAUAGAGACCAGGAUGUUCAUUAAGUUUCGUAACCAUCGCUGGGCAGACAGACGCUCUUGAUUCUUCUUCCUAUUGAAAUUCAUUAUGAACGGUUGAAAGGGUUGUAUCGGCGGACAUCCACAUUGAUUGUCAGGCGGCAUACCUAUGGAGUACUUAAGAACUAACAACUUUGGAAAAUUGCUGAUAUACUUAGCAAUCUAAAUUCGGUAUUAAGAGCUGAGCUUAGCCGGGGCCGAGCGAUCCAGUGGCAUUUCAGACUAGUUGAAAUGACUCACCUCUGACUAAAACAUCACUCUGUGCAAUCUGCACAGCACACUCUCCUCCCAUUGGGAUUUCAGAUAUAGUUGGCUCUUUGUAAUCAUGUUCAGAAAAUGCAGCUCUCUGCUGCAACAUUACCAAUCACACAUCCACUUUCUGUCUCUCAUGCCUCCAGUACACAUGUAUUAUCUCAUGUAUCGCCAUCCGUAUGUGUGCAUAUUGUUCUUAACCCACUCAACCAUCCCUCUCUCUUUGGCUUUCUUUUUCCCUUUGGUUUUCUUUCCUCCCUGUUCUGCCUUGUCCUUUUGCCACCCUUUCUUUGCCCCUCUUCAGGACAACAGUCGGAGGGUGGACAACGUGCUGAAACUCUGGAUCAUCGAGGCGCGGGAGCUUCCGGCCAAGAAGCGUUACUACUGCGAACUUUGUCUGGACGACAUGCUUUACGCACGCACCACCAGCAAGCCCCGGACUGACACCGUGUUCUGGGGCGAGCACUUUGAGUUCAACAACUUGCCAGCCGUCCGCAACCUACGCCUUCAUCUCUACAAGGAGACUGACAAGAAGAGACGCAAGGUGAAGGGACAACUCUCUCACCAGUGUGCAAAACUGGAUAAAACUGGUUGAAAUUACAUUCUUGUAGACUGGUUAAAGCACUGCUGGGUUUAAUGAUAGCAGCUUGCCCAAUGAUUAAGAUGGAUAAAUAUACUUUAGUUACAUUACUAUCCUCUUUUUGUCCUCUUUCUUAAUGGCCCAGGCCCCAUAACUCUUGACCACAAAAUCCCACUUAUGCCUUAUUUCCCCUCUUCUAUCAGGAAAAGAGCACAUACCUGGGACUGGUCAGUAUCCCUAUCUCCAGCAUCACGGGCCGACAGUUUGUGGAGCAGUGGUACCCCGUCAUCCAGCCUAGCGUCCUGGCCAAGGGGCAAGCAGGGGGCAAGAUCAUCAAUGCCUCCCUACGCCUCAAGUCCCGCUACCAGACCAUGAGCAUCCUGCCCAUGGAGCUGUACAAGGAGUUUGCGGAGUAUGUCACCAAUAACUACCGGACUCUGUGUGCGGUGCUGGAGCCUCUACUGAGCGUGAAGAGUAAAGAGGAGGUGGCCUGUGCGCUGGUCCACAUACUACAGAGCACGGGGAAAGCAAAGGUAAGUAUUGGCAUGAAACAUUAAAUAAAUUGUUACUUCAAUAGUGCACGGUACAAUGCAAGGUCAUAUUCCCGUAUACACCCCACUGUAUCCUGUGAAUAUGCCAAAUAAAUGUUGUUUUUGAUUUGAUAACAUAAUAUUGAUGGAAUAUGAGUACAUUAUAGUGAGAAUGUAUGCACCGUUUAUAAAUUCAACCACCUCAAAUCACCAUGCUGUCACGCUGAUUAAUGAUUUGGAGACAGACGCAGGAAUACAUAAUAGGGGUUUCAUUUUCUCCACCCAACACAAGGUAUGUCAUGAACAACGACGGGGACGAAGCCCAAAACAAACACGUAUAUACACUACCGUUCAAAAGUUUGGGGUCACUUAGGAAUGUCCUUGUUUUCGAAAGAAAAGCAAUUUUGUGGUCCAUUAAAAUAACAUCAAGUUGAUCAGAAAUACAGUGUAGACAUUGUUAAUGUUGUAAAUGGCUAUUGUAGCUGAAAAAGGCUGAUUUUUUUAUUUAUUUUUAGUCAUUUUAGCAGACGCUAUUAUCCAGAGCAACUUACAGUUAGUGAAUACAUAUUUUAUUUUUUUAUACUGGCCCCCCGUGGGAAUUGAACCCACAACCCUGGCGUUGCAAACGCCAUGCUCUAUCAACUGAGCUACAUCCCUGCCGGCCAUUCCCUCCCCUACCCUGGACGACGCUGGGCCAAUUGUGCACCGCCCAUGAGUCUCCUGGUCGCUGCCGGCUGCGACAGAGCCUGGAUUUGAACCAGGAUCUCUAGUGGCACAGUUUGCACUGCGAUGCAGUGCCUUAGACCACUGCGCCACUCAGGAGACUUUUUAUGGAAUAUCUACAUAGGCGUACAGAGGCCCAUUAUCAGCAACCAUCAGUCCUGUGUUCCAAUGGCACGUUGUGUUUGCUAAUCCAAGUUUAUCAUUUUAAAAGUCUAAUUGAUCAUUAGAAAACCCUUUUGCAAUUAUGUUAGCACAGCUGAAAACUGUUGUGCUGAUUAAAGAAGCAAUAAAACUGGCCUUCUUGACACUAGUUGAGUAUCUGGAGCAUCAGUAAUUGUGGGUUCGAUUACAGGCUCAAAAUGGCCAGAAACAAAGAACUUUCUUCUGAAACUCGUCAGUCUAUUCUUGUUCUGAGAAAUGAAGGCUAUUCCAUGCGAGAAAUUGCCAAGAAACUGAAGAUCUUGUACAACGCUGUGUUCUACUCCCUUCACAGAAAAGUGCAAACUGGCUCUAACCAGAAUAUAAAAAGGAGUGGGAGGCCCCGGUGCACAACUGAGCAAGAGGACAAAUACAUUAGAGUGUCUCGUUUGAGAAACAGACGCCUCACAGGUCCUCAACUGGCAGCUUCAUUAAAUAGUACCCGCAAAACACCAGUCUCAACGUCAACAGUGAAGAGGCAACUCUGGGAUGCUGACCUUCUAGGCAGAGUUGCAAAGAAAAAGCCAUAUCUCAGACUGGCCAAUAAAAAUAAAAGAUUAAGAUGGGCAAAAGAACACAGACACUGGACAGAGGAAGAUUGGAAAAAAGUGUUAUGGACAGACGAAUCACAAAGAAGAACGUUUGUGAGACGCAGACCAAAUGAAAAGAUGCUGGAGGAGUGCUUGAUGCCAUCUGUCAAGCAUGAUGGAGGCAAUGUGAUGGUCUGGGGGUGGUUUGGUGGUGGUAAAGUGGGAGAUUUGUACAGGGUAAAAGGGAUCUUGAAGAAGGAAGGCUAUCACUCCAUUUUGCAACGCCAUGCCAUACCCUGUGGACGGCGCUUGAUCGGAGCCAAUUUCCUCCUACAACAGGACAAUGACCCAGAGCACAGCUCCAAACUAUGCAAGAACUAUUUCGCGAAGAAGCAGUCAACUGGUAUACUGUCUAUAAUGGAGUGGCCAGCACAGUCACCGGAUCUUAACCCUAUUGAGCUGUUGUGGGAGCAGCUUGACUGUAUGGUACAUAUAAGUGCCCAUCAAGCCAAUCCAACUUGUGGGAGGUGCUUCAGGAAGCAUGGGGUGAAAUCUCUUCAGAUUACCUCAACAAAUUGACAACUAGAAUGCCAAAGGUCUGCAAGGCUGUAAUUGCUGCAAAUGGAGGAUUCUUUGACAAAAGCAAAGUUUGAAGGACACAAUUAUUAUUUCAAUUAAAAAUCAUUAUUUAUAACCUUGUCAAUGACUACAUUUCCUAUUCAUGUUAAUAUAUGUCCUAUUCAAACUCAUUUCAUGUAUGUUUUCAUGGAAAACAAGGAUAUUUCUAAGUGACCCCAAACUUUUGAACAAUAGUGUAUAUAUUACAUAGGGAUGUAACCCAAACAAAAGAGCAAGGUGUAAACCUUUAAACAAUACACGGGACGAGACCCGUAAUACCAAGAGCACAAUACACAGUACUCACGAGACCAACGGACAUGGGACAAUAAUCGACAAGGACAAUGGGGAACAGAGGGCACAUAUAUACCUGGAUGCCUGGAUGUUCUUCAAAAGUGCUUUCCUCUCCAUCUUAAAUAAGCAUUCUCCAUUCAAAAAAUUCAGAACUAAGAACAGAUAUAGCCCUUGGUUCACCCCAGACUUGACUGCCCUUGACCAGCACAAAAUCAUCCUGUGGCGUACUGCAUUAGCAUCGAACAGCCCCCGCGAUAUGCAACUUUUCAGGGAAGUAAGGAACCAAUAUACACAAUCAGUUAGGAAAGCAAAGGCUAGCUUUUUCAAACAGAAAUGUGCAUUCUGUAGCACUAACUGCAAAAGGUUUUGGGACACUGUAAAGUCCACCCCCCCCCCCCCCCCCCCCCCCCACCCCCCGCUUCUCCUUCAACCAAAUUCAGAUAGCUGAUGUCCUGAAAGAGCUGCAAAAUCUGGACCCCUACAAAUCAUCUGGGCUAGACAAUCUGGACACUUUCUUUCUAAAAUUUGCCGCCGGAAUUGUCGCUACCCCUAUUACUAGCCUUUUCAACCUCUCUUUCGUAUCGUCUGAGAUCCCCAGAGAUUGGAAAGCUGCCGCAGUCAUCCACCUCUUCAAAGGGGGUGACACUCUAGAUCCAAACUGUUACAGACCUAUAUCCAUCCUGCCCUGCCUUUCAAAAGUAUUUGAAAGCCAAGUAAACAAACAGAUCACCACCGUACCUUCUCCGCUAUGCAAUCUGGUUUGCGAACUGGUCAUGGGUGCACCUCAGCCACGCUCAAGGUCCUAAACGAUAUAAUAACCGUGAUCGAUAAAAGACAGUACUCUGCAGCCGUCUUCAUCGACCUGGCCAAGGCUUUUGACUCUGUCAAUCACCGCAUUCUUAUUGGCAGACUAAAUAGCCUUGGUUUCUCAAAUGACUGCCUCGCCUGGUUCACCAACUACUUCUCAGAUAGAGUUCAAUGUGUCAAAUCGGAGGGCCUGUUGUCUGGACCUCUGGCAGUCUCUAUGGGGGUGCCACAGGGUUCAAUUCUCGGGCGGACUCUAUUCUCUGUGUAUAUCAAUGAUGUUGCUCUUGCUGCUGGUGACUCUCAGAUCCACCUCUAUGCAGACGACACCAUUUUGUAUACAUCUGGCCCUUCAUUGGACACUGUGUUAACAAACCUCCAAACAAGCUUCAAUGCCAUACAACACUCCUUCCGUGGCCUCCAACUGCUCUUAAACGCUAUUAAACUAAAUGCAUGCUCUUCAAUCGAGCGCUGCUUGCACCCGCCCGCCCGACUAGAAUCACUACUCUCGGCGGGUCUGACUUAGAAUAUGUGGACAACUACAAAUACCUAGGUGUCUGGUUAGACCGUAAACUCUCCUUCUAGACUCACAUUAAGCAUCUCCAAUCCAAAGUUACAUCUAGAAUCGGCUUCCUAUUUCGCAACAAAGCCUCCUUCACUCAUGCUGCUAAACAUGCCCUCGUAAAACUGACUAUCGUACCGAUCCUUGACUUUGGCGAUGUCAUUUACAAAAUAGCUUCCAACACUCUACUCAGCAAAUUGGAUGUAGUCUAUCACAGUGCCAUCCGUUUUGUCACCAAAGCCCCAUAUACUACCCACCAUUGUGACCUGUACGCUCUCGUUGGCUGGCCCUCACUACAUAUUCGUUGCUAAACCCAAUGGCUCCAGGUCAUCUAUAAAUCACUUCUAGGCAAAUCCCUGCCUUAUCUUAGAUCAUUGGUCACCAUAGCAACACCCACCCGUUGUAUGCGUUCCAGCAGGUAUAUCUCACUGGUCAUCCCCAAAGCCAACACCUCCUUUGGCCGCCAUUCCUUCCAGUUCUCUGCUGCAAAUGACUGGAACGAACUGCAAAAAUCUCUGAAGCUGGAGACACUUAUCUCCCUCACUAACUUUAAGCAUCAGUUGUCAGAGCAGCUUACCGAUCACUGCACCUGUACACAGCCCAUCUGUAAUUAGCUCACCCAACUACCUCAUCCCCAUAUUGCUAUUUACAUAGUUAUUUAUUUUGCUCAUUUGCACCCCAGUAUCUCUAUUUGCACAUCAUCUUCUGCACAUCUAUCACUCCAGUGUUAAUACUAAAUUGUAAUUAUUUUGCACUAUGGCCUAUUUAUUGCCUUACCUCCAUAACUUACUACAUUUGCACACACUGUAUAUAGAUUUUCUAUUGUGUUAUUGACUGUACGUUUUGUUUAUUCCAUAUGUAACUCUGUGUUGUUGUUGUUUUUAUCGCACUGCUUUGCUUUAUCUUGGCCAGGUCGCAGUUGUAAAUGAGAACUUGUUCUCAACUGGCUUACCUGGUAAAAUAAAGGUGAUGAGACAUUACUGCCAAAUAAAUCAAAUCAAAUCCAAUUUUAUUUGUCACGUGCCACAAAUGCUUACUUACAAGCCCUUAACCAACAAUGCAGUUUUAAGAAAGAAUACCAAAAAAAAAUCACACAAUAAAUAAUUAUAGAGCAGCAGUAAAAAUAACAAUAGCGAGGCUAUAUACAGGGGGUACAUUUUUACAUUUGAGAUUUUAGUCAUUUAGCAGACGCUCUUAUCCAGAGCGAUUUACAGUUAGUGAGUGCAUACAUUUUUCAUACUGGCCCCCCAUGGGAAACGAACCCACAACCCUGGCGUUGCAAGCACCAUGCUCUACCAACUGAGCUACAGGACAGCCUGUCAAUGUGUGUACAGAGUCAAUGUGUGGGGGCACCGGUUAGUCGAGGUAAUUGAGGUAAUAUGUACUAAGUCACUGUCAUAACAGUGUCCUUUACAUACAUAGGAUGUGGUGUUUUGCUGUAACCAGUGUAACAUGUGUCAUGCUAAUGUAACCAUCCUAUUACUUGAUGGCCCAUGGUCUACCAAUAUUAUGUCAUGAAGAUGAGCCAUUGUUUACUUGACUGACCAUGCUGGAUAUUCAUUCAGUCCUUAAAGUUGUGAAAUUCACGGUAGGACUCAAUGCCAUGCUAUGUAGGCAAUGUGCUGAACAGGGAAACAUAGCUUCUGUUGGUCGAUUACCAAUCAAAUAAUUAUUGAAUCACAAAACAUAACAAAAAAAUCCAUAGCAUUUCUUACCUCUCUUUUGGUGUUGAUUUUUCCACAACCAAACUUCUAUAACCUCAGAUUCCCUCGAAAUCAGACUGUCUCCACCAGUAUCUCCCUGAGAAAUACAUGUUUGUGUGAUGUCACUGUACCGAAUGUAUAGCUAGAUGCAUUGUUUGGGGUGGUCCUGGGUUGAAAAUGCUGUCGACCACCUAGCUAGCUAGCAUUAUCAUCUACAAACCAAACACACUAUCAUGUAAACAAUCUGCAUAUGUAGCUUUAGGUAGCUAGCUAACGUUAGCUAGUUGAAAUAAAGGCAUUGGGCAUCUUGUGUGGUUUAUACAGUGUAGCUGUCGUUAGAUUCCUUUGAGGACAAAACAGUUAGAAUACAGAAGAUGUCAGCUAGCUAGCUAAGUAGCCGUGUUAGCUAGCUUGAACACUGAACACACUAAGGUUAGCAGAAAAAAGGCAGGCUAAAAAUUCAACCCAACACUUACCUACCUGUCCAUGAGAAUGGUUGUCAUUUCAGCGUCACUCUUCCACCUUUCAAAAUUAAUUCCAAUGUCUAUCCGGUUUCUGGAUUGGUCAUGAGCAGUGUUCUUCUCGCUUCUUUUUCUCUUUUGGGGUCGAGUUGAUACAGAUCCAAGAAUCGAGAAUGAUGCUUGUUUCUGUCAACAUUUUCUGAAAACGCUGACCCUGCUACCAGGAAAGUUAAUCUGCAAACAAGUUAGCUAGCUUGUUGGCUUCAUCUGCUCUGUGUUUGUUUCUGGUGGCUGUAGCUUGCAAGUGACUUUCACUUCCUCUCCAUCUCCGGAGCAAUGGCAGCAGGGUUGUUUGAGUAGGCAGGAUUUAGCACAAAGACACACCUUGCCCAGAAGGCCAGCCCAAGGCGGCUCAGGGCUCAAUCCCCUUGUUUUCGUUCAAAGUGAAAACACAACAGAAGAAGUGGGGAGGCAUGGGGACGCCCAUGACCUGCAGAUUCCAUCUUCAAGGCAAUAUGAACUACAAAAUGAACAUUAGUUUGACUACUUCUUGGUUUUCUUACCAAACCAUAAGCCAAAACAGAUUGAAACAGAAGGAACAUUAAACAUAACAAAUUACACUCUGACCUCCGGAAAGACGUUAUAUCCUCAAAAUUGAAUUUGAGAGUACCCAAUAGAUUGUAAUUGAAUGUUUUACAAAGAAAGCCUAUGCUAUGUUGAUGUUUCUGUUUUUUUUUUCCCCCAGGAUUUUCUUUCGGACAUGGCGAUGUGUGAGGUAGAUAGAUUCAUUGACCGAGAACACCUUAUCUUCAGAGAGAACACUCUGGCCACCAAAGCCAUAGAAGAGUACCUCAAGCUGAUUGGACAUAAGUACCUCAAGGAUGCAAUAGGUGUGACCGUCAAAUGCUUCACAUUAAUCUCUCAAUACAUGUUGUUGGACUGUUCUUGCUGUGAUGUAUCCAGUAUCUUUCUGUGUUUGCCUAAUGGUCGGUGAUAUUGUGUUUGUUUCAGGGGAGUUCAUAAGGGCACUGUACGAAUCGGAGGAGAACUGCGAGGUGGACCCCAUGAGGACACCACCCUCUGUCCUUCCAGAUCACCAAGCCAAUCUCCGCAUGUGCUGCGAACUGGCACUCUGCAAAAUCGUCAACUCCCAUUGGUCAGUAGUUGGCAUAUAUGAGUGCUUACAGUUGUUUUCAUUCAUGUAGGAUUACUCCUGGCCUACAGCACCCAAAGACAUAUUUACAGAAUUUGGAUUGUUGAGCACACCAGAUUUGCCUUCAGUAGUUGGCAUACAUUGCCUGACUAAAACAGAAUAUCCUAUCAAAUGAGAAUAACACACUGUAUAUUUGUAUCUCUCUGCAGUGUGUUCCCUCGAGAGCUGAAGGAGGUGUUUGCCUCGUGGAGGGUGCGCUGUGCGGAGAGGGGGAGGGAGGACAUCGCAGACCGCCUAAUCAGCGGCUCCCUUUUCCUGCGCUUCCUGUGUCCGGCCGUCAUGUCCCCCUCCCUGUUCAACCUGACCCAGGAGUACCCAGACGAGCAGACGUCACGCACGCUCACCCUCAUCUCCAAAGUGGUGCAGAACCUGGCCAACUUCUCCAAGUCAGUUCAUUCAUUCAAAUCAACUCAUAAUGUUAUGCUUAUGCUAAAACUUUUGUAAUAUUUUGAGUCUUUUUCCCGGGCACAGACUAAACCUAGUCCUGGACUAAAAAGCAUGCUCAAUGUCGAUUCUUCAUUGAAAGUGCUUAUUAGUUAUUAAUCCAGGAUUGGGCUAAUUCUGUGUCCGGGAAACCAGCCAAUGAUGUAAUCUCUGUGAGUAUACAGCAUUUUGACUCUUCCUCCUAUACCCCACUCUUUCUUCUUCUUCUCUCUCUCCCUCAGGUUUGGCAUGAAAGAGGAGUACAUGUGCUUCAUGAAUGAGUUCUUAGAGAUGGAGUGGGGCUCCAUGCAGCAGUUCCUCUAUGAGAUCUCCAAUCUGGACAGUGUGAGCAACGCAGGGGGCUUCGAGGGCUACAUCGACCUGGGCAGGGAGCUGUCCAUACUGCACAGCCUCCUCUGGGAGGUCAUGGCCCAGCUCAGCAAGGUAGGGAGGAUCAGGGUAAAUAUUAACAAUACAACCGCUACAAUAUAUGACCAAUAAAGAAUUAUAAGUUACAGAUAACCAAUGUAGGGUUAUUCAAUAAUGAUUGAGUCCAAUAUGGAAUCAGUACAAUAAAAUAACUAUGUAUGGUCUUGACAACCCAGUAAUCUGAAUGUUUGAGACAGUAGAAUGAACGGAAUGAUUAAGUGCACUUGCAAUUUUCAAAGAUAAGAUACUUAAAAUUAUCAACCACACUUUUUAACCAUUUGAAUGCUUUUCCUAUUGUCAUUGCUAACUUGUAUUCAUGUCAGUCUUCUAACCCUAACCCACAGGAUGCCAUUAUCAAACUGGGUCCCUUGCCCCGCCUCUUGAAUGACAUCAGCAUGGCCCUGCGUAACCCCCACCUGCAGAGGCAGCCCAGCCACCAGAACCAGACAGAUAGAGUCCAUGAGAGACAGACGGAGAGGCUGCUCUCACGACCCAGCUUCAACAGGGAGUCUCCUCGGAGUUCCAGAAUCUCAUGAUGAAGGAUCUCAACAGGUAGUGCCCUGGCUUUAUUUAACCCUAUGGCUUGUUUCCUGGACACAGGUUAAGUAUAGUCCUGGACUGAAAAGCACUUUGAAUGGAGAAUUUCCAUUGAACAUACCUUUUAGUCUUGGAUUAGGUUUAAUCUGUGUUGGGAAAACCAGGCCUAGGAGGAUGGUUGGUUGGGGCAUUUAUCAUGGCCAAUGUUAAAGUUUUGCCUUUCCCGCCAUAAGGCUGUGGUUGGGUUUUGCCUUUUGUGCUAAAUCCUAACUUGUAAUACACCUUUUGAACUUUAUCAGUAUAAAAGACACCUGUCCACAACCUCAAACAGUCACACUCCAAACUCCACUAUGGCCAAGACCAAAGAGCUGUCAAAGGACACCAGAAACAAAAUUGUAGACCUGCACCAGGCUGGGAAGACUGAAUCUGCAAUAGGUAAGCAGCUUGGUUUGAAGAAAUCAACUGUGGGAGCAAUUAUUAGGAAAUGGAAGACAUACAAGACCACUGAUAAUCUCCCUCGAUCUGGGGCUCCACGCAAGAUCUCACCCCGUGGGGUCAAAAUGAUCACAAGAAUGGUGAGCAAAAAUCCCAGAACCACACGGGGGGACCUAGUGAAUGACCUGCAGAGAGCUGGGACCAAAGUAACAAAGCCUACCAUCAGUAACACACUACGCCGCCAGGGACUCAAAUCCUGCAGUGCCAGACGUGUCCCCCUGCUUAAGCCAGUACAUGUCCAGGCCCGUCUGAAGUUUGCUAGAGUGCAUUUGGAUGAUCCAGAAGAGGAUUGGGAGAAUGUCAUAUGGUCAGAUGAAACCAAAAUAGAACUUUUUGGUAAAAACUCAACUCGUCGUGUUUGGAGGACAAAGAAUGCUGAGUUGCAUCCAAAGAACUACUGUGAAGCAAGUGAGUGGAAACAUCAUGCUUUGGGGCUGUUUUUCUGCAAAGGGACCAGGACGACUGAUCCGUGUAAAGGAAAGAAUGAAUGGGGCCAUGUAUCGUGAGAUUUUGAGUGAAAACCUCCUUCCAUCAGCAAGGGCAUUGAAGAUGAAACGUGGCUGGGUCUUUCAGCAUGACAAUGAUCCCAAACACACCGCCCGGGCAACGAAGGAGUGGCUUCGUAAGAAGCAUUUCAAGGUCCUGGAGUGGCCUAGCCAGUCUCCAGAUCUCAACCCCAUAGAAGAUCUUUGGAGGGAGUUGAAAGUCCGUGUUGCCCAACGACAGCCCCAAAACAUCACUGCUCUAGAGAAGAUCUGGAUGGAGGAAUGGGCCAAAAUACCAGCAACAGUGUGUGAAAACCUUGUGAAGACUUACAGAAAACGUUUGACCUGUGUCAUUGCCAACAAAGGGUAUAUAACAAAGUAUUGAGAAACUUUUGUUAUUGACCAAAUACUUAUUUUCCACCAUAAUUUGCAAAUAAAUUCAUUUAAAAUCCUACAAUGUGAUAUUCUGGAUUUUUUUUUCUAAUUUUGUCUGUCAUAGUUGACGUGUACCUAUGAUGAAAAUUACAGGCCUCUCUCAUCUUUUUAAGUGGGAGAACUUGCACAAUUGGUGGCUGACUAAAUACUUUUUUCCCCCACUGUAUAACCUUGUCAUCGUCUUCUCCAAUCUGUUGCUAUGUGUUGUUACCUUAAGCUCCAUAGAUAUCACUCGCUUGCCUUCCCCUACCUCUGGUGUGUCCAGUGGGGGGAUCAUGCCAUCUCGUGCUCAUGCUCAGCUGAGUUUCCAAGAGCGCGAUCACCCACAUCGAGCCUCCAAAGACGUUUUCUAUGUAACCCGCCCUCCCUUGGCCCGAUCCAGCCCUGCCUACUGCACCAGUAGCUCCGAUAUCACCGAGCCAGACCACAAGGUUAGUUGAAUUCUAGAGUUUUGAUAGCAUUAAGAUCUAUUAGGAGCCGUGUUCAACAGGAAACUAUGUAAACUGCACAUCUCCUUUCCAUGUGGUAGCCAAGUCUGGCAGACGACUGCAGGAUAGUAUGGCAGCUGUGCGCUCAUAGGAAAAUGAUGCAUGUACCUUAGUGGUAAGUCAUGGGACAUGCAAUUCAGGCAUACAACCACCCCUCUCAAUAGAUAACACACUUAAUCAACUUAUUGGCACUUUAGAAUUGGGCACACAAGGAUGUUAGCUAUAUCAAUCUAGUCUAGGUGCUCAGUGUCAAUAAAGUGUAUAUCUAUGAUGGACCUCCAGGACUCCACAUUGAACAGCGUGUCUAACCUGCAGUCGGUGGCCAUGCUCAACUCCUCCCAGGCCUCCAUCACCGGCAUGGGCAGCUUCGGAGGGCUCAGCAGCCAGGGUGGCGGAGGCCUGGGCUCGGGCCUGAGCGGCCAGCUCCGGGCCGGGGGCCGCCUCUCGGCCGGCUCGGGGGGAUCCAGCAUGUCAGGGGGCCUCCGGCUGAGCCAGUUGAGCCAGAUGGGUACCACCACCGACUCGCUGUCCCAGCAGCAGCAGCAGCAGGCCGCCGCCCUGAGAUACCCGCUCUCCUUCCAGAACCCCCUGUUUCAUCUGGCCACCGGCACCGCAGAUGGACCCCACCUCCACCACCAGCACAGCAGGGCCCAUCUCCCGCCGCCCCUGCUCCUGGCCCCGGAGCCUGACCCCGGUGGCUCACACCAGGCCUACAUCCCCCAGUUCGCCCACGGGGGGUUCUCCCGCAGCGAGGACCUGUCCACCCUGAGGACCGGGGCAGGGCACCUGGGGCAGCCAGCCAUUAUCCACUCACACAGCUAUAGCGACGACUACAGCAGGGCUGAUUACGCACGGCGGCAACUGUCCAUGCACGGGCAGGUAUGGAUUAACCUUAGGUCAAUAAUGUGUUUACAAUCAUGCUCUACUUUUGUGCAAAUUAGCCUUUUUGUCUCUCCUACUUGAUCAUAAUUGAAGUCAACAUUUGUUUGUAGCCUACAUGAAUAGGAUUAGCAUAAUGUAAACAUCUGAAACAGGUUUAAGGCCAGGAUAACUUGGUGUUCUCUAAUUGUCCUGUUAGGAUAAUCUUCAACAGCAACAGCAGAUGGGCAUGGCCUCUCAGACUGGCACAUCCCACUCCUCCCUGGCCACACCCCCCUCCACAGUCCAGCCCGCGCGCCAGAGCUCCAUCGCCCCGCCUCCCGCCCAACGCGUCAAAUCACAGACCUCCCAUCAGCUGUCCGUCAGUGCGGCUGCUGCUCCCACACCAUCCGCUAAGACGCGACCGCCCAGUGCCAACCUAUCGCCAGAGUCGAACUACGGAGGUCGGCAACAGGCACCACGGCAACAGCUGUCGGUCAAAGAUAACACAGCCCCUGGACUGCCCCACCAGCAGAGCUCUGUCAGGGAGAGCCAGGGCCCCCAGGGGCCACAGGGGGGCACUACAACAACCAUACAGCAAUCACAGCAGCAGCAACAACAACAACAACCACAGCAACAGCACCUGCUCAAACCUUCCAUCAGCAAACAGGUAUGCAGGCUACUGUACUUUAUUGUGUAAUUCAAUCUACCCUUAAACCUGAUAAAAGCUCAUAGCUGUCACUGUGUUAUUUUCUCUCACUCUGAAAAGAGCAUUAUAUAACAAUUCCAACACACCUCUCUUGCACAGUUUUUUCUGACCAACCCCAUAAUCCCAGUGACCUGUCUGAUUAAAUAGGACCAACGGUCACCCCCUCAUGUGUGGAGUACACAGUAGCGGUGCGUGGGUAAAAUCACUGAGGAAGCCAGAAAAAAAAGCCAUAUUCCAACUUAUGUGUUGUGAUAAUUGCGUUGCUUGCUCUAUAACCUGUUAGUUCAUAUACCUUGACACCGUGAUAUAUAGGCCUGACAAGGCUGAGACAAUAAGAAGACACAGUGGCAGAAUAAAUUCAACCACACCUUUGUUUCAUCACAAAACUGGAGAGCAGCCUCUGUCCGGUGGAGUCCACAAAGCAUAUUACAUGUAACAAACAGUUACAUGACCUACAGCAUGGUCAAGCAAGCUAAUGUUUCCGACAUUUUCAGACCACUAAACAACUAUUGAUUUAGAACCACGUAGAGUUACCGCAAGUCGCAAAGAAAACAGGAGCUGCCUCCACUAUUCCAGCACCAUUUCAACUUCAACAUUUCAACAUCAUCAAAUCACCUAUGCUUAGUCUUAUACAGUGACAACUAAAAUAUACCAAAAACUAUUUAGUCCAAUCAACGUAAGCUGAAUAUGAUGUGGCUGUCCAUGGUUCUGAUUUCUGUGUGCGUGUGUGUGUGUGUACAUGCGUGUGUGUUCGUGCAAGUAGAAAAAACAUUUUGACUCACCCUACUUGUAGAGAAACGCCAAUGCUAUCCUCCUCUCUUUCAUGUUGAUGAAAUAGUCUAUCACUCUGUCAUACAGUACACGCUUUUAUUUUUUGUUGUCCUAGGCUACCUGGCUAAAAUGCUUGCUCGCUAGCCUAACUUUCUUUCAUGAGCAACAUUAGCUAGUUAACAUUAACCUUCUACAUCUAGCUACAUAUUCAACUUCCAUCCUCUCAGGCCAGGGGCACAAUGUAUGAAUUAAUGGUUGGAUCAGAAUUGCCGUUAUAAGCAUUGGCCAGUACAGAGAAUUAAGUCAAACCACCAGUCCAAAUCCCUAUCUCAAUCCAUGGCUAAUUUAGGAAAGGGACAACUUUAGCUAGCUAGCUAGCCACCGGAGGACAACAACACAACGAGAUGCAACAAUUCAAGUUGUUUCUUAAUGACAUAUGCUCUCAAUGCGAUUUGAGAGGAGUGACGGCAAUUCCAAACUUGCUUCCUUUGACACCUUUUUUUGAUGCGCCAGAACCAUUCACAGUUGAGCUCACUCAGUUUAGCACAACGCUGAUUGGCUAUUAUUUUAUACUUUUUUUUUAAUCAAGGAAAGCCAAAUGCCCGGCAACUAUGUCAUACUCUUUUGGACCAGACAGCAUAUGGUAGAUGGCCUACACAUACAGAGACAGAGGGACACUGUUUUGCUCGCUUGGAUGCUUUCUCCAGUGAGAUAUAUUCAGCCUCUUACGAAUUGAUGGAAAAUUAUAAAACACAGAGAGACGAAAGAUACAUUAUGUUAUAUGUUUUUUUCUUUUUUUCUUAGUAAUUCUUUGGGGAAAGCCUGGCUUCCCUCGGCAUCCAUGAAUACACACCACUGCUAGUACUAGUACAUAUUCAUCCUCUUCAUAUCUGCUUCUUGUCUUUUCCCCCAGGGUUCCGGCCAGUCGCCCUCGACCCUUAACCCCCCGACCCCGGCCAAUGAGAGAACAGUCGCCUGGGUCUCCAACAUGCCUCACCUCUCCGCUGACAUUACUCUGGAGGCGAACCGCAUCGACCGCGAGGAGUUCAAGCUGAAGGAGUACUCCAAAAGCAUGGAUGAGUCUCGCUUAGACAGGGUAGAUACAUCUCUCCCACCACAGCUUUCGCAAUACAAAAGAAUGGUAGCCUUAAUUUGACAUUGGCAAUGUGUGUGUGUAUAUAUAGAAAACAGUACAUAAUUGUCUUAACAAUAUACUGUAGCAUUGGCAUUGAAAUCCCAAUCUUCUGGGAAAUCGACAGUAACAAAACGAUGCCUCAUAGGAAUGCAGAAUCUCUCUCUUCUCUUUAGCAUAUUCAACAGCAAACUGUGAGACUAGAGAACCGUAACACUGAUCUGAGUCAUAUCUCCUUCUUAAUGCACAGUGCAGAUGUCAGGGAAGUGCAAUUCAAGUCUAUCAGUGGAGAGCAGAUGGUACCGAGACACUUCUUUAUGAAUAAUUUAGAUAGGAACAGCUGAGGAUGAACUUGAACAACAGUGAGUCAUUGAAAAUAAAAAACUUUUAGCUUGCAUAUUCAUAUUUGACCGCAUUACCACAUUUCUUUGUCCGAGUGAAGGUGUGUUUCAGUCAAGGGUGGUUCCCAAUCAGAGACAGCUGUAGCUCGUUGUCUCUGAUUGGGGACCAUACUUAGGCAGCCUGUUGGCAUGUUACGUUGUGGGAUCUUGUUCCGUUAAGGUUUGUGUUAUUUAACCUAGGACUUCACGUAUCGUUUGUUUAUUGUUUUGGUUCGUGUGUGUACACAAUAAAGUAUGUACGCUUAUCACGCUGCGCCUUGGUCCGCUUCAUCUCAUAACGAUCGUGACAGAAGAUCCCACCACGACUGGAUCAAGCAGCGUGAAGAGGAUAGAGGAUGGACUUGGGAGGAGAAGAGUGAGAGUCUGGCGAGAGCCAUGGAGGCCAUGUUCACGGGGGAUAGACAAGCCCAAAAAAAUUUUAGGGGGGGGGCUCAUGCCGUGGACGACGAGGCAGCAGGAGGCCGCGAUAGAGCGGUUCAGCAGGUUAGCAGAGGAGGCCGCCAGGUGACGGGGGCCACUGGUCACGAGGGAGAAGGAGAGUGUGGAGGCACGGCGAGAGGAACUGGUUAGGCAGCAGAGGGAGCGGAGGUUUAUGAGGAAACCCAGUCCCGCUCCUCGCACCAAGCAAGUGGUGUGUGUCACCAGUCCGGUCCGGCCCGUUCCUGAUUCCCGCACAAGGCCAGCGGUGUGUGUUCCCAGUAUGGUCAGGCCCGUCCCUGCUCCCCGCACUAAGCCUGUGAUGUGCGUCGCCAGCCCGGUCCGGCCUGUUCCUGCUCCCCGCACUAAGCCAAUGGUGCGCGUCGUCAGCCCGGUCCGGCCCGUUCCUGCUCCCCGCACCAAGCCAGUGGUGCGCGUCAUCAGCCCGGUCCGGCCUGUUCCUGCUCCCCGCACCAAGCCGGUGGUGCGCGUCGUCAGCCCGGUCCGGCCUGUUCCUGCUCCCCGCACCAAGCCAGUGGUGCGCGUCGUCAGCCCGGUCCGGCCCGUUCCUGCUCCCCGCGCUGGGCCGGUGGUGCGCGUCGCCAGCCUGGUCCGGCCUGUUCCUGCUUCCCGCACCAAGCCAGUGGUGCGCGUCGUCAGCCCGGUCCGGCCCGUUCCUGCUCCCCGCGCUGGGCCGGUGGUGCGCGUCGCCAGCCCGGUCCGGCCUCUUCCUGCUCCCCGCACCAAGCCGGUGGUGCGCGUCGCCAGCCCGGUCCGGCCUGUUCCUGCUUCCCGCACCAAGCCAGUGGUGCGCGUCGUCAGCCCAGUCCGGCCCGUUCCUGCACCCCGCGCUGGGCCGGUGGUGCGCGUCGCCAGCCCGGUCCGGCCUGUUCCUGCUCCCCGCACCAAGCCAAUGGUGCGCGUCGUCGGCCCGGUCCGGCCCGUUCCUGCUCCCCGCACCGGGCCAGUGGUGCGCGUCGUCGGCCCGGUCCGGCCCGUCCCUGCUCCCCGCACCAGGCCAGUGGUGCGCGUCGUCAGUCCGGCACGGUCCGUGCCUGCUCCACGCCGGAGCCAGAGCAAUCCGCUCCACCAGUGUUCAGUCCAGCUCCGGCCAGAGGGCCAGACCAGACCAGGGGCGCAACGGGGGGGUAGAGAGAGUGUGGUGGUCACGCCCGGAGCCGGAUCCGCCGCCGAGGCGGAAUGCCCACCCGGCCCCUGCCCUCUUGUGUUUGGUUGGCGCGGUCGCAGUCCGCGCCUUUGGGGGGGGGGGGGGGGGGGGGGGGGGGGGGUACUGUCACGCCCUGGCUCUGGGGACUCUUAAAUGUUGAGCCAGGGUGUGGAUUUUUCCUUGUUUAGUUUUCUAGGUUUGUCGUUCUAGAUCGUGUAUUUCUAUGUUGACCAGGGUGGUUCCCAAUCAGAGACAGCUGUAGCUCGUUGUCUCUGAUUGGGGACCAUACUUAGGCAGCCUGUUGGCAUGUUACGUUGUGGGAUCUUGUUCCGUUAAGGUUUGUGUUAUUUAACCUAGGACUUCACGUAUCGUUUGUUUAUUGUUUUGGUUCGUGUGUGUACACAAUAAAGUAUGUACGCUUAUCACGCUGCGCCUUGGUCCGCUUCAUCUCAUAACGAUCGUGACAAACCCCCAAGACCAUUUGUCGGUUGCUUAGCCAUGUGUUGCUAAUAAACAGUAUGACAAUUGCUCAACUAUUUUUAUAUUUUCAAUAUAUUCCCUUCUAUUUUCAUAAUAGACAUAGCAAGAUCUUUGUGCAUAGUGAGCAAGUGAAAAGGGAUAAUCUAGAGUCCAAAAAUGUCCAUGUAUAUGACAAUUGCUCAACCAUUUUCUAUUUCCAAUGCAUUCUCUUCUCUCUUUCUGUCUCAGGUAAAGGAAUACGAGGAGGAAAUCCACUCCCUAAAGGAGCGACUGAUCAUGUCCCACAGGAAGCUGGAGGAAUAUGAGAAGAGGCUCCUUUCCCAGGAGCAGCAGACCAGUAAGAUCCUCUCACAAUACCAGAGUCGCCUGGAGGACAGCGAGAGGAGGCUACGGCAACAGCAAGUGGAGAAAGACUCCCAAAUUAAAGGAAUAAUCAACAGGUAA